UGUGCACGUCUAUUGGAUGACCGUGACAUCAAACAUCCGCAUGCGCCAGUAGCCAAUCACAAACGAGCAAAUGGCUCUUUAAAUGUGCAGUGCGCCCCUCCCACCGGGACCUCCCCUAGUUUUCCGUCUCGCGGAGAGCUCGUGGCAGCAGUUGUCAUGGAGAUGGAAGAGGGGCCGGCGUCGGCUCUAGGUGCUGUUGCCAUGGAGAUGGCGCGGGCUGCGGCAGAGAAGGACGAAAGCGGUGCGCAUCUGGGACUCCAGGAGCUGCAGGAGCCGCUUCAGCACCAAGGACAGCAGCAGCGAGCGGCGUCACUGUUCUGCCAGGGGAAGUAUUACAUGCUGAUCGUAAUCGGGGAAGUCGCGACAGAAAACCAGCUCCGAGCCGUCAGAGAACAUACCGAACUGGGAAUUCGGUCAUGGGAUAUCGACCUCACUUCCUGUGACCUUGACCAGCAGCUGCAGCAAUUUGUGACACGGCACUCAGCACAGUUCUCCGCAGAGGUCAGAGGACAAAGAACUCUGCAUCACAAAAGCGAUGUCCUCGAGACGGUUGUCUUAGUUAAUCCAUCAGAGGAUACCAUUGCCUCUGAGAUCCACUCUCUGAUCACUGACUCAGCUGCACACAAGCUCCUAGUCCUGAGUGGCCAGAGCUCUGAUCAGGGAGGUGACCUUAUCUUACAAAGUGGGGUAUUCUCCUUUAAAAACUUCUCAGACAUCUUUGCUGAUCCUGAGGUGAGUAACCUGCUGGGCGGAGCAGCCCCAGAACACCAGGCCACUCUUACGGUGAUCUGUCAAGGGGAGGGGGGCUGGAGCUCCCUGGGGCAGCAGCAUCAGCACUUUCGGGAGUUCUUGGACUUCAGACUGAACCCUGACCCUGUGCUGCCCGAGAUGGAGGGCGUUUCGGAGUUCACAGAGUAUGUCUCCGAAACUGUAGACGUGCCCUCACCUUUUGACCUUCUGGAGCCCCCUACCUCAGGGGGAUUUCUAAAGCUCUCCAAGCCCUGCUGCUACAUUUUCCCUGGAGGGCGAGGGGAUUCUGCACUCUUUGCAGUCAAUGGCUUUAAUAUCCUCAUUGAUGGAGGCUCCGAAAGGAGAUCAUGCUUCUGGAAGCUCGUUAGGCACUUGGAUCGUAUCGACUCUAUUCUUCUUACACACAUUGGAGCAGACAACUUGCCAGGUAUAAAUGGACUCCUCCAGAGAAAAAUAGCAGAGCAAGAUGAGGAGCAGUCACAGGGAUCCACCACCUAUAGUGACUGGAUGAAAAACUUGAUCUCACCAGAGCUUGGAGUGGUCUUCUUCAAUGUUCCUGAGAAGUUACGAAUGCCUGAAUCCACGCUGAAAGUGAAACGGAGCAUUGAGGAGGCUUCCCUCACCUUGCAGUACCUCAAUAAGCUUGGGAUCAAGCCUGAGCCCCUGUAUAGAGUAGUGAGCAACACUAUUGAGCCCAUCACUCUUUUCCACAAGAUGGGUGUAGGCAGGUUAGACAUGUAUGUGCUUAAUCCAGUCAAGGACAGUAAAGAAAUGCAAUUUCUUAUGCAGAAGUGGGCUGGCAACAGUAAGGCUAAGACUGGAAUAGUACUGCCCAAUGGAAAGGAAGGAGAGAUAUCAGUUCCUUACCUGACAUCAGUCACAGCUCUGGUUGUUUGGCUUCCUGCUAGCCCCACAGAGAAGAUUGUCAGAGUCUUAUUCCCUGGAAAUGCCCCACAGAACAAAAUCUUAGAAGGUCUGGAGAAAUUAAAGCACCUGGACUUUUUGAGAUACCCAGUGGCUACUCAGAAGGAUAUUUCCUCUGGAGUACCUCCUCCAGUGUUAAAACAAACUAAGAUGAAGCAAAGGACAGAUAGCAAGGAAAGUCUUAAAUCAUCCCCUAAGCCUCAAGCUUCAACAAAAGUUUCUAAGAAAGAGGCAGAUGCUCAAGAUGAAGCUUCAGUCGCUGAAACCAAAACUGAGCCAGCAAAAGAGAACAAAAAUGAAAAGAAAGAGGAGAAAAAACUGAAGGAAGGAGAUAAAAUCACAGUCAAGUCACCAAAAGCCAAGACAGAAACAAUUGAGGCUGCAAAGCUGGAAAAGAAGAAGCUAUCAAAAGAGAAGACCAUAAAAAAACAUCCUAAAGAAAGGGUGUCCAAAAUGGAUGAGAAGAAAGACAAAGAAAAAAAAGAGAUCAAGAAAGAAAGGCGUGAUGUGAAGAAAGAAGAUGCUGUUAAAAAAGAGGAGAAGAAAGAAGCCAAGGCGAAGGAAGACAAAAAGAAGGAAACUGCCAAGCCAGAGCUAAAGAAGAUAACUAAACCUGACCUGAAGCCAUUCACUCCUGAGGUCAGGAAGACGCUGCAUAAGGCUAAAAUGCAUGGCAAGCCCAAAACUGAUAAAACUAAAGCCAAAGCAGCUAAAGAACAGUCCACUGAACAAAAGCCUGUUGAAGGUACAGAAGAAGGGCUCGUGGGUUCUGAGCCUCAGCCUGAAGUACAACAGCCUCCUCUAGCACUGGAAGACAGAUCCAUUGUUUCCUCCCCAGAAGAUCUAACCAAGGAUUUCGAAGAGCUUAAACAAGAAGUCACACAGCUGGGAGAAGAACCAACAGAGGAUACUUUAACAGUGUCCAAGCCACCAGCAGAUGACACUUUGAUCCCUAGCCCUUACCAAGAGGAAGAUACAGAAGAAAGGAUUGUCUCACAAAUCGUAGAAGACAAAAAGUUUCCUCCUUUGGAGUCCCCUGAUGAGGGAAUUACAACCACAGAUGUUGAAGCCGAAUCUCCACAUGAUGAAAAGCAAAUUUCACAGGAAAAAGAGCCAGAAAUGGCAUCAAAGAUAGGAGAGAAAUUUGAGGAUGAAGGCACAGCAAUGGAGGAAGAGGAGGAGGAAGAGCAGGAGGAAGGAAAAGAAAUAGCUGAAAAGAAGGAAAUAGAGGAUGAAGAGGAUAUGGGAAUGGGGGAAGAAGAAGACGGAGGAAAAUGGAAGGAAACACAGGAAAAAGUGGAUAGAAAGCAUGAGGAAGAGGAGAUGGAAAAGCGUGAGAAAUAUACUGAAAAGUUUGAGAUGAAAGAAAAAGAGGAACCUAGGAAAGCUGAACUAGAGGAAGAUGAAGAUGAAGAAGAGGGAGACGUAGUUGAAAAGGCAGAGCUGGAGGAAGCAGAAGACUUAAAUGAAACAGCUGAGGAGGAACUGAAGGUCACAACUGAGGGAAAAGAAAAACUUGACAAGGAUGCAAAAACAACAGAUGAGAAAAUCUUUGCCAAAGAACAAGAAGAUGAAGAUGCGUAUCUGUCCAACAUAGCAGCAGCAACAGCUGCUGUCACUGCAACUGUACAAGGUGCAACAGCAGCUGAACACAUCUCUUAUAUUCAGGAUGAGACUAUUCCUGGUUACUCUGAAACUGAGCAGACCAUUUCUGAUGAAGAAAUUCAUGAGGAAACAGAAGACAGAAUACCACAUCUACGCUAUGAAGUUGGUUCCUAUGAUAUUUCAGUUCCUGAUGAAACAGGCUCAUUUGAUGCCAUCCAUGGUAUGCAGGAGAUGAAAGCAGCUGCUCUGACUGAUGUAUCAGAUUUGGCAACAAAGGGCUUCAUAGGAGGGCAAGAUCCAGCAUUAGCUGUGUACUCUACUAACAUUAUUGCAGCACCCUUGGCAGAAGAAGAGCACAUUUCAUCAGCCACUUCCAUCACUGAAUGUGACAAAUUAUCAUCUUUUGCCACUUCUGUUGCUGAAGAUCAGUCUGUAGCAUCUGUGACAGCACCACAAACUGAAGAGACAGGAAAGAGCUCUUUGCUUCUUGACACGGUCAAUAGUAUCCCAUCUUCCACUCGUACAGAGGCCACCCAAGGAAGGGAUUACUUACCUUCUGCUGGGACUAUUUCUCCUACUUCCUCCUUAGAAGAGGACAAGUGCUUCAAGUCCCCUCCAUCAGAGGAGUACCAACCCAUUGCAGUAGAAGGAGAUGCUGCUGGGAGGAUGACACAGCUCCAUGAGGAGGAAGAUGAGGAAGAGGAGGACGAAGAGGAAGAUCAGACUCCUAAUGUUGAAAUGCCACUUGGAAAGCUCCAAGAAGGCUAUGCAUCUCCUUUGAUGUUUCAGGACACAGAGAAGGAUUCAGAAAUAUUUAUAUCAUCUGAAAAACAACCUGCUUCCACAUCUGCUAUGGAGACCAUUACCCAGCUAGCUGUGGAUGACAUCCAGACUUCUGUCUCCACAGGUGAUACUAAGGAUGGGACUUUUUCAAAGGCCUUUUCCCCUCCUCCCUCUCUUUCCAGUGCUUUGGUGACAGACUCUAGUGGAUUUCCAGAUACUGAGGAAAGAUGCCUCAGUCCAGAUGACAGUACUGUAAAAAUGGCCUCCCCAACACAGUCUGGUCCUACCAGUGCAGGACACACACCUUUCCAUCAGUCUCCUGUGGAAGAAAAAUCAGAAAUUGCCCCAGGACUGCAAGAGCACAAGAAAGAUGAAAAUGAAAUAAUUCAACAAGCAACCACAACAGAGGUAUCUCCUGCAGAACAGGAGGAGGAAAUAAAAGGCAAGGAAGACGCAGUCCUUGAAAUUCCUAAAGAGGCAAAACCAGAGACGGUCACAAUUCCAGAUGUUGACAAAUUAUCAUUGCUUGAACAGGACACUGUAGCAAUGAAAGAAAGUCCACCCAGCCCUCUACCUAAAGACUUGCCACCACCCAGCCCUCUUCCUAAAGACUUGCCACCACCCAGCCCUCUUCCUAAAGACUUGCCACCACCCAGCCCUCUUCCUAAAGACUUGCCACCACCCAGCCCUCUUCCUAAAGACUUGCCACCACCCAGCCCUCUUCCUAAAGACUUGCCACCACCCAGCCCUCUUCCUAAAGACUCUCCACCACCCAGCCCUCUUCCUAAAGACUCUCCACCACCCAGCCCUCUACCUAAAGACUUACCACCACCCAGCCCUCUUCCUAAAGACAUACCUGUUUCUCAGGAGCAAAAGAAAGUUGAUGAAGUGCAUGCUAUGGAGCUCUACUCUACAACAACUGAGCUUCUACCAAGGGAGGAGACAAAGCCAGAUUCUGUAGAGGAAGAGUUAACCAUACAGAGGAAAGAUAUCUCUCCUGUAGAGGGAGAAAAGGAGCUUCUGGCAAAAGAUAUAACUGGUGAGAAGGCCUCAUUUCAAGAAACAGAUGAGGAAGAGGAUGAGGAAGACUAUGAGGAGAGAGAUAUCAAGGAAAGUACAAAAUCCAAAUUUCUGGAAGAGAAAGAAAGCACAUUUCUGGAUGAGGAAUAUACCUGUGAGGCUAAAUCUCUAAAAGAAGAGAAAAUUGAGGAAUUCCCAGUAUCUAUGACUAAAAACAUCUUGUCAGAAAAAGAAAAGGAGCAAGAGCCAGAGAAAAGUUUUGAAUCACCCUACCUUAAAACCACACAGGCCAAGUCACCUGAAAGACAUGCAGCAUCUCCUGUGGACCAUGAAGCAAAGCCACAGGUAGUAUACUCAGAUGAAGAAGAGGAAGAAGAAGACGAAGAAGAUGAAGAGGAUGCCAUCUGCAUGGGAGGCGCAGGGUCUAGGCCUUUGUCACUUGAGGCAAGCAAAAUAGAUUUCAUGUCUGAUGAUUUGCCAUCUGUUCCUUCCUCUGACAAAGUUCAGCCUGAUCAGUUUCAACCAGAAAAGAGAAGUGAUUCCUAUGCAACUUCUGCUUUGACAACUGAUGUAAAUAUGGUUGAUUUCUCUAGCAAAGACUUAAAGGCACAAGAUCUGACUGAUGCCGAAGACCGGUUGACUUAUUUGCAAGGUAGAGACAUCUCACCCGAACCAGAGGAAAAGGUUGUGUUGUCUAAGGCAGAAGAGAUUAUAGCAGUACCUUCUUGUACAGACAUCUCUACCAGCAGCACCUCGGUGAUCCCUGAAUCUGUUCUUCAUGCUUCCACUGCUGAGAAGACCUCUGUGGAUUCAGUGCUUUUUGGUGCAGAAAGCCAGAGCAGCACAGAGCAAACCUCUCCUGAUGAAACAUCCAUGCCUCCCCUUAUUCAAGGCAAAGCUGAUGACCAUUAUUCUCUAGAUGAGCCAGCAGUAAAUAUAACCAAAGAUGAAGAAAAACCAGGGAAGGAGGCAAAACGGGAAAUGGAGGGUGAGCGUGAGGCAGCAUCUCCAGGUCUCCCCCCAACAUCUUCAUUCUUCAUCCCAGAAAAAGACCAAGUAAAAAAGACAGUUGAAGACAAAAAAGAAUCCUCUCAAACAAUGGAGCUGCAUUCUCCUAAAGACCAAGAAAAACAAGACCUGUCAAAAUAUUCUCCUGAAGAAGAAAAACCAGCAACAAAAGUGGAGACAUGGGACUUAAAGGAAAGCUUCCAGUACUCCAUGGGUGAAGAUGAGGCUUUAGGCAUCCACUACGAUGACAAUAAAACAGCAGCAGAGAAAGAGCUGGACAAAUCCCCAGAAAGAGCAGAAACUGUGGAUGUGUUCACGAAGGAUGAACAGCACAGGGAAGAACCAAUCUCAUUCAGCCGAGUUGAUUACCACACAGAAGCGUAUGUAGAACCAGGGAAAAGUGUUCAUUUUGGUCUUUUUGACUUAGAAAGGGAGAGCAUUGCUGGAGAACUUGGAGAAGAUCGUGAAAAAGGCCAAGAAGAGGAGCAUGAGAGGGAGGAGAGACAGCCCACCCCUUUUGUGGUUGAUAAGAGCUUUACAUACACUGAGAUUUAUGACAAUAAACAAAUGCCAGAUAUGGAGCCCUCUUCCUCUGCCCUUAGUCAUAUGGAGCAAUACACUGAUUACUUGGAGAAGGAAGUGCCUUUGGAAAAAGAGAAGGAGGCUGAUCAGAAAGAUCACAGUCCUUCUUCUCAUCCAGUUUCACCAGAAGUCAAGGAUAAGGAUGGAAUGUCUCCUAAAGAGGAAGAGACCCUUUUGAGUGCACAGAGUGAAAAAGAGUUGUCUUCACCUUUGUGGACUCAGACUAAACUGGAUGAAAAAUCUCAAACUGCCUUGUCAGAUUUUGAUGAUGUUCCUGCAAAACAGUCCAUGGCUAAGAAGGAUGAAAAAGUGAUUACAGACCAAGACAAGGAGAAACAGUAUACAUCUGAGGCAGAAAAAUCAGAAUCUCCUUCUAGUCAGUUUUCACUGGAAGAGAAGGAGCUCUUUUCUCCUACCGCUCAGCCAGACGACAAGGACAGUCAAGCUAGCACAGCCUCAUAUAAUGAACCUUCAGUUCAGCACCUGGAUGACAACAUCCUUGCAUCUGAUUAUGCUUGCAAAAGUAUGGCUGGUGCCAGUAAAUCAAUGAUGACCUACUAUGAGAAGGAAGAGGCAAUUGAGAGGGGUGAAAUGAGAUUAAUGAUGGAAGAAGAGCAGGAGGACGAAGGAGAGGAGGAAGAAGAGGUGGGAGAAGAAGAGGAGAGUGCUAGCGACUCAGAUUUGGAGAAAGGUGCUAAAGAAAAAUCAGAAAAGGAAUCCAAGGCUGCAUUCUCUGCAGCUGCUUUGGAAUAUUCAUAUGAGAGCUUCACAGAGAAAGACUCAGUGUUUCCAGGGAAGGAGGAGGAAAAGAAACAAGAAAUCUCCUGUAGUGAACUAGACUACAGCUUUGAUAUACAAGGAAAGCCCUCCACUUCUGCAGUGUUUGAACCUUCUCCCAGCAGCAGCCAGAAGGCAGAGGUAGAAGAAUUUCUUCAGAAAGAAGUGAGCAGUGCAUCUUCUCUGUUCUCUGGCAGCUACACUGAGAUCAGACAAACCGAGGCCAAAGGAUUUUCUUCUGGGGUUGAAUACUCCUAUGAUGAGGUUAGGAAAGACUCCUUCCUUGUGAGAGAGCUGGAAACACAAGACCAGAAAGACAAGAGCCCUGGACCUGAUCAUCUUGGGCUCUCCUUGACUUCCAAGACAAGUGAAGAUAAAUUCUUCCAAAGUGAGAAAGAUCUUGAAUUUGAAAAACAGAAGACUCCUGACCUACUGAGUAAAAAACUGGGGGAUUCAUUCACAUCUGGUUUUGACUAUACCACCACAUCUGCAACUUCAUAUUCUUCUUCCUCAUCUUACAGUUAUUCCUCUUCAGCUUCUGCAUCUCUCUGCACUUACCGUCCAUUUGGAGAGGAACUGGAGGCUGCAGCUGCCACCUCUGACACACUCUUUAAAACUGAUCUCGACAGUACUGGCUUUGAAUACUCCUCUUUUAAAGAGGAGCCUUCCUUAAUCAUGGAAUCCCCUUUCUCAAGUGCAGGAGGGAUGGUAAAAGAUGAGUACCUGGAGGUUUCUGAAAAGCUGGUUACAGCCCCCACAACUGCUGAGUCGUCCUCCAGUCUCACGCGAUUUUCUCCCCUCAGUCCCUUUGAAGAAGUCAAACCCUUCCCCCCAAUGUCUCCUGCUGCAGAUGAAUUAAAAAAAGAGCAGGUUAGCUUGACAGACACCACAACAGAAAAGGAACAUCAUCUUGACACUUCCUAUAAAGCUGAUUGGGCAGAUGAACCAGUAUUAUCUGUGGGGCCAGGAGCAUCUGCCCCUUACUCCCUUUUGUCACAGUCCAUCGAAAAAGAGACCACAGCACGGAGUCUGUUUGAUGUCUCUCCAUUGCAGCCAGCAGAUUCCACUUCCAAACGGUUCAUGGAAGAGAUGGACGCUGCUGAGGAGGACACUUAUUUCUGUGAGAUGGAGCAAACCACUUUACCGUGUCGGAUCGAAUGCCAAAGAAUUCCAACAGCUGAACCAGCUGAGCAAAAAGCAGUUAUGGCAGCCCCAACUGAGGCCAUCUCCCCCUCUCUUACCUCGGCCAGCCCACUCCCAGAUGUGCUGGCAUCAUUUUCUGCUCCACCAACACAGCCUGCUGCACAGUCAGCAACUGCAAAUGGGCCCACAGAAGUUAGCAUGAGCCCACCAGCAGCUCUCUAUGGAGUGACAGAUGCUACCUGCACAGGAGCAGCAAUACUGGAAAGAACAGAGAAGAAGGAAGAGGAAAAAGCUAUGGAGGAGAAGAAACAAAAAGAAGACGAAAAGAGACAGAGCUGCACACUUGAAUGGGAACCACAACAACAGCAACAGAGAGCAAUGGUAUCUCAUCCACAUUCCCGAGAGGAAGACGACUAUGAGGAUGAUGAUGAGAGGGAGCCAGAUCGUCCAGCCCGCCCUCUCUCCUUGGCCUCAGGCGAUCAAACCUUUCACUCACCGUUCUACCCUGAAGAGCUUAUGAAAGCAGAAGAGGAUUCUGAACAAGUCCCUCCAGAUGUCUGCUUGGGGGCUGCCUCAUCUUACUCUCCGUCAGCAUCUGUUAGAUACUCCUCCUGUGAGUACAAACACCGUAAAGGAGAGCUCUCCCCAUCUUUCAUCAACCCUAGCCCACACCAACUCUCUAGUGAGGAGGAGGAAGAAGAAGGGAGUGACCAGUCACAAGAUGGUGAUGACAACCAACAGCAACAGCCAUCAGUCAAGCGGAGAUCCCACAAACAGCAGCGUCACCACACUCUGCAUCAUGCUCACCAUGGAGAUAACAAUGGCAGUCAGUCGCAUCAUCUCCCUGGUGCCAUGGCAGCUGGCCUAGGGGUAGCUGGUGAGGAAACCCCUCCAACCUCAGUUAGUGAAUCUCUGCCUUCACAGUCUGACUCUGAUGUGCCUCCUGAGACUGAGGAGUGCCCAUCAAUUACUGCAGAAGCCAACCUGGAUUCUGAUGAAGAUGCAGAGUACUUGCCUGUAGACAAAUCUGCUGCGGUAGGUGGAGGAGGCAACCAUCACACAUCCUCCUCCAGGACAUCAGACAGAGCUCAUGACCCCCCACCUGCUCCCAUGGUAGACCCUUUCCCUCAACCCCCACAUCCUGACGUAUGUAUGGUUGACCCAGAGGCACUGACCAUGGACCAGAACCGCACAGAUAAACUGCUCAAGAAGGACACAAAGACUAACAAAGGCCUGCGGAAGACACUUGGAAAGCCCAAGUCAGCCUCACCUGGCCGCAAGGGAGAAACCAGGGUCAAGAGAUCCCCCACCCCUGCCAAGCAGGCUUCCAAAGACUCAUCUGAGAAGUCUCAACGAACUGCCUCUGUGAAAAAGAAGGAGGGAGAGAAGGCUUCUAAACCACCUCGGGUGUCUGACAUUCAAGGAUCUCGAGGAGAGGAGAGAGACGAGGUUUCCAGGUCCAGCCAGAGUCACAAUCCAAGCAAGGGCCUUGUCAAUGGAGUCAAAAGCAACACAGGAUCCAGCUCUCAGAAGUCCACUUCCGGGGCGCCCCCUGGACCCCCAAUCUAUGUGGAUCUAGCCUACAUCCCUAACCACUGCAGUGCCAAGAACGUGGACCAGGAGUUCUUCAAGCGCAUCCGUGCUGCUUACUAUGUGGUGAGCGGGAAUGACACAGGCAGUGGAGAGCCCAGCCGCAGCGUCUUGGAUGCCUUGCUUGAUGGCAAGGCUCAGUGGGGCUCAAACCUGCAGGUGACCCUGAUCCCCACUCAUGACACAGAGGUGACCCGGGAGUGGUAUCAGCAGACCCAUGAAAAACAGCAAGAGCUCAACAUCAUGGUGCUGGCGAGUAGCAGCACAGUGGUAAUGCAGGAUGAGUCUUUCCCAGCCUGCAAGAUUGAGUUCUGAGUCCUGUGGGUGCAGUGUCUCUCUGUCUUUCUCCUUGUCUCAUUUUCACCCCCUGUCCCGCUUUUGUCUCUGGGGCCUUCAUCAUAGACAAGUGACAGGGAUUUAUUUCUGCCUUCUUCUGCUCAUUCCUCAACAUUAUAACACAUCCAGGGAAUCUCCUUCUUGUUCAGACCUCUUAACCACAAAUCAGAUUCCCAGUGCUUGCUACCUUUCGGUCUUGGGAGACUGAGCGAUCACAGAUCAAGGACAUUAAGAGGAUUCAACCUUUCUCUUUGCUUAUACUGAAUAAACGUACACACAAACUCCAAAUAAGGGUACACACACGCGUGUGUACACACCAAGUUUGAGCCUGUCACACACGUUGCAGAAGUUUCACUUUGUGAACACAUCAGGUGCGGCCAGCACAUUGAGAACCAUUAAUUCAAAUAAUACAGUACAUUUAAGCACUUAAAUAAACAAACACCUCCUCUCAGACUACAGCAAGGGGUUUUACAAAACUUACCACACUCUGAAACAGAAUAAUGCUUGGAAAACAACAGGCUCCCACUUGGUGCAGGUUUUCAUACACUCCUGUCUAUGUGAAUUAAUUGCUCCCUUCAUAGAAUCAUUAACCCAAAGCCCACUGUGUCUGUCUUUACCCACGGGGUAACUGGGACAUUGGACUAAUUCAAAUCUACCACCCUUCCAGCAAAUCUUUACAAAAACGAUUUGACGAAAUUAAAGCACAAGCAGAUGUUUUGUUAGUGUUCAGUAUACAGGUGAUAGACCCCAUAUCUCCAUCCCUAGGGACUCUGCUAAUGGCCAAGCAUGCCUCAAGCUUUCUUCUGUGUGAUCAUUGGCUGUUCUUGUCACCCCAUGGAUUCAGACAAUUCCCACUAGCCAUAAAGACAAGACACUAUGGAAACCCUGUACUGGUGCAGGACAUUUGAGUUUGAACUCAUGUCAGCACUGGUAAUUCUUAAACCUCCUCUGUGCCAUCUCUGAAACUUUUACUUGAGUUUGCCCAGCCUUGCUGAUAAAUUCAGUGCCUACUAGUAAAUGGCACAUAGCCUGCAGAAUUUAGAUGGGAAAAUUUAAGCCUUUAGGCUUUUAUUUUUUAAAGCGUUUUGAUUUAAUUCAUUAUUUUAUUCAAUAGCAUCAGGACUGACAAAGGCAUAUUAAAAUGCAAUGAAAUGUGCUAGGGCGGUUAUUUCAAUGAGAUUCUUUAACUGUUCAGAUGAGCCGAGAUAGUGUGCAGAGUUGCACAAAAGAAAAUAGUUACAGCUAAUGAGCUCUUCAUGUCCUGUUUCCUAUUUUCAGUACCUGGCUUGGCACUGACAAAUGGACUAUGUGAGCAGCAAAAGUCCCCCCUGUUCCUGAGAGUAUGAGGAAACACCCUAAGCUCUUGCAGUGUAUAAUAUUUAUGUUUAGAAAGAAAUGUGCUCAACAAUUUCAGAAGUACAGGGUAUCAAGUACACGAGCAGAACAGUGACCCUGCCCCAUUCUGCAGAAUUUGAUUUCUUUCUGACAGAGUGAAUGCCAGUCUUUCACAAAAUGCCACCGUCACAAUGCAUUUGUUGAAAGAAGACUUUUUCUCUGCUUCAUGCCAGGGUGUGGAGCAAACGAAGGACAUUAGGGACAGAUGAAGCUUCUAGCUAACGCAGAGCAAACUCCCAAAUAUCAUUCAUUAGGACAGAACCUGCAUUUUUUUUUGGUGACCUGUAUUUUUUAAAAGCUUACGCAGAGAAGUAAAAAAAAAAAAGUUUAAUAAACAGUUCAGUAUUCAUAAGCUGGAAAAACAAAACUCAGCAAUCUGGGCUGACAAACAGAACCUAAUUGAAAAACUGCGGCUUUGACACUUCAUUUCUCAGCUUACUGGAGGUAAAAUUGUUUGCAAUCAACUAGAAGUACUCUUUCUGAAGUUUAAUGCUGAAAAAUAUUUCAUGGACUACAUCUGGUCAUUAUUUACCCAGAGAGGGGAGUUUAUAAUUUGUCUUAUAAUAAAUAUAUAGUUUGCAUAGUAACGAGGAUACUUUAUUCUUGCAGGGGAUUUCUAUGUGAUAGUAGGAAAUGGCGCUUUUCUGAUCUCUGUUCAGUUCUUGUCAUUGUCUUAUGUAUUGUAUUUUAGUGAACAUAUAAAUAUAUAUAAAUAUAUUAGAAGUAUAAUAAUGACUGUAGUGGAGUAAUAAUGAAAGGUUGAACCCUUUAGAAAUCUUAUACCUUAGCUUACCAAGGGGUCAGGAGUUGCCUGUAUAGCUGCUUUAAUUCUGUCCUCUUCUGUACAUUUCUCCUGUUUUUCAAUCAAUGGAUUUAAACUCCUGUUUGGGCUUGUUAGUUGGAGACUGUCAGGCUGUGUUAAAAUAGACAGGUGCAGCUGGUGUUAUAUAUAUAAAUAUAUAUAUACAUAUAAAAAAAGGAAAAACAAAAAGAAUCAAAAAAAGUUUUUAAAAUGCUGCUGUAGCCAACUAAUCUAAAACGAAUUAAGUUAACCUCUGUUCUUUUUAUUUUCACUUUAAAUUUUACCCAAGAAAACUCUGUUUCAGAAACACUGGAAAUAUAUAUAUAUAUCCAAGGAGUAAUACAUUAGUUUAAUUUUAAUAAUUCAUAUUUUACACAAUUAUUCCCUAAUUUAUUCUGGGCAAUCUAUGUUCUUUUUUGACAUUAUUUUCUAUGAGAUUUGGCUUAUGCACUUGCCAAUGCUGCAAAUGUAGCAAUAGAAACUGUUUGUCAUUCAGUGGGUGUGCUCUGAAGCUUGACUGAAUUGUGUGACUCCAGUUAAAAAGAGGUCUGGGAUAGACUCUGCGAUUGAGUUCCUGUACUAACAGUGAGGGAGAGUACGAGUAUGUUCCCACAGUGAGGAUGGGAAGGUGUGAUCGUCAUCCACAUGUGCCUUGAGGCUCUAAGUCAGAGGUUGAAUUUGAAGUGUCUGGUUCACAGGGAGCCCCUUUCACUGAUACUAGGCAGGCAGGUCUAGUAUAGAUAGCAGCGAGAGGGGUCUGCAGAGCCAGAGGUCAGGGAGGAAAUUUUAGAGGUCACAUCAAGGGCAUAAAAAAGCACCAAGAGGGAAUGCAUCUUUUUGUUAUAUUUAGUAAUUUACUGUAGGUGACUGAAUACUAUAAACUAUUGAUGUAGAAAGAGAAAAAAGAUAUCAGAAGCUCCUAAGUGAAGAGGAUGCAAAUGAUCAUUUUUAAACAUGCAAACCAACAAAUGCUCAUGACAAUGGAAUAUGUUUUACAAUUGUGAGAUUUUUGCGAACAUUCAAAGUGUGAACAAAAACAUGUUCUUAGUACUUUUGCCUGUAAAAUAUACUUAUAAUCACCCUUUAAACCUCUGAGAAUGUGGUGGAAUCUUUCAAAAUUUGUGUUGAAAGCAUUUUCAUCCCUCUACAAGCUUUUUGUUUUAAAACAAAUUAAUUUCACUGGGUGGGUCUUCUUUAUAAAAGCAGUGAACUUUCAAAGGAUUAAGGUUUCAAAAAAAUCUGCAUAUAAAAUCUGACCAUUAUAUAGUGGUCAUUUAAGUUGGAGGGCAUGGAAGUUUUGGGGAGGGGGAUAGCUAUUUUAAGUGCCCAGAAUAGGGUUUAUUAUCCUUUAAACUCCAAACUCUUCCAGUUGGGACCAUUGAUAAAAUAUCUUUUUUGAUAUCUUUUUUGGAAUUCUGGGCUUGUUGCUUGUAGAUGAUUUUUAACAAAGUGUUAUAUAUUUAAUUCUUUUGUUUGCAGUCUAAUAUUUUUUUUUUCAUAUUUAUUUUUUGUUGUUGUAAAAGUUGCUUUUUAUUGACAGUAUUGUCUAAUUUAAAAAAAAUAUUAUUUUUUUUUUUCCACGAUUGUGAUUGUUUUUUAAGUGCCCUAGUUGGGAUAGCACUAAUCAGAGGUGACUCGUGUUGUUUACAUUUCUUUUACAUUGAGGAGUUUAGGGAGUAUUGGAAUGACAGACAGGAGCCUCGUUGAAAGAAGAGUGUGUUUUUUACAGUAUACGUGCCGUUUGUGUCAAGUGAUAUGAAGGUAUGCUCUUUCAAAUGCUGCAUAAUAUUUAGCGAACAAAAAGAUUGUUGGGGAAUCAGGGAGCACAUCUGGCAGCUUUGACAGUGUCUACUGGGGUCCGCGUCACUGUGAGAGCCAAGCAGCAGGACAGAAGAGAGCUCUUCCUGAACUCUGCUUGAUCAAUUACUAGUUGUUUUGUGCAGAAUUUAUCUAAUUGUGGGCCAGCAUCGGGUUUACUAGGGCUUUCCUCUUUUUGUUUUAUGAGUCACGGGAAUUAGCCAAGGCAAAACCAGGGUGGUUAUCCCGCAAUACCUAUAGGGAUUUAGCCAGGAUUAGCAAUCUUGUUCCUGUAUGGAAUCGUGCCAAUAGUACAAAUUUUCUUCAAAACCCAGAGCAAACAGAGUAGCACUAGUAACUAGAAAAACUAGCUGCUGUCCAGUAAACUACCUGACUCAGCACAGUCAGCCCUCAAAUUGGGUAGCUCUACAGUAGGACCAGCCAACAAAGGAGGUUGAAUUCAUUAUUUUGCUCAUUCUUGCUCCUUGUGUAAAAUGUACAGUGCUAGCUUUUCCGUGCAUGCUGUUUAUAGUUAAGGAAAACAUAACAUAGCUGUACAAUACCCAGAACAAAGCUGUGAUGUAGACAAAGUCUUUACAGCCACUACAAAAUAGGAGCUAUCCAUGCUUGAGGGUGCUGCUAUUUCUGUGCUGUUUAUUUUUUAUUUUUUAGAUACAUAUUAAAUAGCUCUCCACGCACAAAAAGGGGCUCUGUGGGAGGGGCAUUGAGGGUGGUGUAGGCAUUGCUAUUGUGGAGACCCAGAAGAUAAUGGUUUUGGGGCCUAACUAUGAUGUUGAGUAAAUAUAUCUCAGCAAGACUCUGUAGCCUUUCAAGGUUAUUUUGGGCUGCUGGCCUUUUGACCCCUCAUUGUGUCUGCAGUCAUUUCCAAGUAUCUUGAAAGCUGGAAAUCAUGUUUUUUCUCCCCCUGUCUUCGACAGCAGAGUCCGGUUUUAUAGUACAAACAUUAGUUACAUUGAACUGAGACAUUUGUUUUAGAGCACUAAAAUAGUCUGCUGUUUUGAUUUGUCUUCUGUCUGUUUCAUGUCUCUCGAGAUGCUAGUUCUGUUGUGAUUUAGCCAGUUUUCGACAUCUCUACAACCUGUCCAUAGCAGCAGGCACCCAGAGGCCUUAGCAGUCAGCUAUGGGUGCCUGAAUGGAACAAACAUGUCAGCCAGUUCUCGAGGUAAUAAAAUCAGAACAAAAAUAACAACUGAGAACUUAAAUCUUGCCUAGUUUCAGAAGUGAAUGCACUAACUUGAAAAAAUAAACAUUUUGAAUGUCUUUGUAGAGUUUGCUUAACUCUAAAAGCUGCUUUGACUUUAGAAAUAAAAUAACGGAACAAAAAAACUAAAAAAAAAUAUCUUGAUGAAAGGAAGAACAGAUAAUAUAAGAAAGUGUGAAAGAAUGUGAUUUACAAUACUCAGUGCUCUUGCUGUCUGUGUGCAGAUGCAAUUUACUUUGUACUGUUGUCUGUUUAUAUACUUGAGGAUAGGCAAGAUCCAUAUUCAAGAGGAGAUUUACAAAGGAAAAAGAUUUCUGUCUUUUUCCCAUAAAAAUGCAAUGAAAAAAACACUAGGGGUGUUCACUGGGACUGCAGAUUUUCACCUACUUGAAUCAGACUUCCAACAGAUUCAAAAGACUUAACACAACUCUACAUACAGUAUGCUCACAAAAUACAAACCUGACUGCCAGACUGGGCGAUUUGAUUGCUCUAGUUUUAAAAAAAAAGACAGCUUUCAUUUUUAUCCAAUUUUAUCUUGGAAGUGAUGCAUUUUUCAGGAAAAGAAAGAGUCAAAUCUAAAAAAAAUGAUGCCGAAAAACCUGCUGUGCAAAAUGCAGGACUUCGGCCUCGGCUGCAUCUUCCCAACUCUCUCCCGAAAAUCAUCAUCAGACAAAACAUACAGAUCAUUUAAAUAAGCCUUGCUUGUUUCUGCAUGUGAUCUCUUAUCGGUUAUAAUCCUGUAUGUAAUAGUUUAAAAGGAAAUUAAACAUAAAUGCUAUUUUAAAAAACAAAAUCUAUGAAAAAAAAAGCAAAUUGUCUUAAUGGUACUGAAAUGGCAGAUGUUACCUGGCCGCGCUGCUCUUUUCGCCGUGGGGUGUUGUAAAGAAGGCGCUGUGAUAGUUCUUCUUUUUUUGCGCUGUAUUAAUCUUUUAGUUCCUCAGAUAUUUUGUGUGCAAUAUUCUGUCUCUCUCUUUAAAUCUAAAAAUAAAAAAAUAGAACUACUGCAAAUUUAUUGUAAAACGGAAACAGCCUGGUGAUCACCAAUAAAAUACAUUUAUUGAAAGUCA